AUGAAGCAGCGGACACAACGUGCUAGCACAUUCCUUGGCAGCGACUCGAGCACAUUCAUCUCAAACACGUCCUCACACCGAGCUACAAUGCUUGCAUCACCAUCGCUUUCAUCAGCCUCUGAGACACUGGAAGACUGGAUGUACUGGCAACGCGAUGCUAGCAAUGCGCAAUGCUGGACCAAAGUGUACGGCGUAUUGGACAAUGAGUUUUUAUGGCUCUUUAAGGGCAAUCAUUCAAGCAAGACCAUGUUCUUGCAAAUUGCUGUCUCUAGUGUGGAGGUGUCAGGCCAGCGACAAUUACGGAUCGUUGACCCAAACGGCGAAGAUAUGGAAAUUUGGCUGCUGGAUGAGGAUAGUUUUAGUGUAUGGCGGCAACGACUCGAGGAAGCUGCUGCGCUCACAUCGCACUUCUUCCGUAUUGCAGCAAUUGAAGCGCGACGGCUUCCACGCAAUAGCGCGUAUCGUGGUAGCCUAGUAGCUUAUCGCCGUGCAAAUAAGCGGACACGAUACAAAGCUGUUACCGAGUGGAUGAUGCAGUGGCGGCGAAAGUGUGUGGCGCUCACACGGUGA